AAGGAAAAAGGGAAAUUCUCUGGUUAAUUACUAACAGCUUAAUCAGUUUCCAUGGCUAAAUUCAGCUUCUCCUUGGCACUCCUCUUCGUAUAUGUCUUAUGCAUAAUUGGCACGGUCGAGCCAGGGAAUCCUAGAGGGAGACAGUCCCGGGGCAGGCCUUACAUCGAGGCUUGCCAAGGCACGCGCUUUCCAGACCUAUGCAUCCGCUGCCUCUCCGGCUUUCCCAACUCCACCAUCCAAAACCCACAACAGCUAGCUCAAGUCGCUUUGUCCGUGAGCCUGUACCGGGCUCGUCACACCAGGUCCUUUUUGCUUGAUGUGGCCAAGCAGUUAGAGAGGAUGAAGGCCCGGGAAUACCCAACCGUGAAAGAUUGCCUGCAACAGAUAGACGACAGUGUUUUCCAACUCAGUCAAUCAAUCAGGGAACUCCGCCGGAUGGAGACAGCACCCGUGAGCGACGACUUCUUCUGGCACAUCAGCAACGUCGAGACAUGGACCAGCGCCGCCCUCACUGAUGCCAGUACUUGUCUUGACGAGUUUCCGGCAGGUCGGAACACGAGCAAACUGAAGGCCACCAUUAAGGGCAAGGUCCUGAACGUGGCACAGGUUACUAGUAACGCUCUUGCCUUGUUUCACCGCUAUGCUGCAAAAUAUCAAACAAAGACAAAUCCAUAAGCCAACAAGAAACUUGGAAUGGAUCAGUCUUGUUCUUUUUUUUUUUUGGCCAUACAUAUCAGUCUUGCUCUUUGUUAUGGUUAUUAAGUUUGUUUAAUAUUUGUCCGGCCUACUUGAUAAUUGUACCAUAGAUAAGUCUUUUUUUUUUUUUUUUUUUUUUUUCAAGACUGUUAGUGUAUUCCAAGUUAACUUGUGAGUUCUCUCUAAUUCAUCUUAAACUCAUAUAGAUAAAUAUUGAAAUAUAAG